AUGGGGAAUUACUUUACCUUUGAGUUUCCGCGUCCCACCAUUCCAAACAUGGUCUACAUGGGCGGCUUCCAGUGCAAGCCCUCCAAGCCGCUUCCCCAGGACAUGAAGGACUUUGCCCAGAGCUCCGGGGACCAUGGGGUCAUCAUCAUGUCCCUGGGGACCUUGGUAGGACAGCUACCUGAGGACAUCGCUGAGGACAUCACUGAGGACAUCGCCGCUGCCUUCGCCCAACUGCCUCAGAAGGUCAUCUGGAGGCACACUGGGAAGAGACCCGCCUCCCUAGGCAACAGCACCUUACUGCUGGACUGGCUCCCCAAAAAUGACCUCCUGGGACACCCCAAGACCCGGGCCUUCAUUGCCCACGGCGGCACCAACGGAGUCCAGGAGGCCAUCUACCAAGUCCAGAAGGCCAUCUAG